GUCACUCUGAUAAAGGACUGGCCCGGUCCGAGCAUCAAUUCCAGCACGCAGGCGACAGACAGAACCAGUCCGAGUUCGCCUUUCCACCCUCUCGUUGUGUCUUCGGACCGGAUUCAUUUCCAUCCGUAUCGCCCCUAAACAGGGAUCGGAGUUAGUGCGCGGAGGUGAAGCGGCCACACUUGUUGCCGGUGCGCUCAGGUGAGGCAGAAGGCGCACGGAGAGUCCGGUGCGCACAUGGCACCCAUGACGCGCUCCUUCCAGUCCGCUUAGUGCGCAGCAUGGGGCCGCACGCCGGAUAACGACACCUGACUUUUCUGCGUCAUCGUCAAACGCUAUCUGCAACGUCAUCUCCAUUCCGAAGGCUUUUGUGAGAGGGGAAAGCACGGAGGCGACCAUGUUGGCUUUAAACAGGAUUCUGAGCACACGCGCGGCCCGGAUUCGGAGUUGUGCUUCCCGGGGAGUCUCAUCCAAGUCGCGACAGAACCCCAGAGCCGCUUCCAGGAUUUACGGCGCGUGUGUGUUGCUGCUGCUGCUGGUCACCCCGCGAGUGGAUUCUUCGUGGUGGUACAUAGGUGCAUUGGGUGCCCGCGUGAUCUGUGACAACAUCCCAGCAUUAGUCAACAAGCAGCGGCAACUGUGCCAGCGCCACCCGGACAUCAUGCAAGCCAUCGGUGAGGGAACAAAGGAAUGGAUCAGAGAGUGCCAGCACCAGUUCAGACACCAUCGCUGGAACUGCACCACACUUGAACGCGAUCACACUGUGUUCGGGCGUGUCUUGCUGAGAAGCAGCCGUGAAGCGGCAUUUGUUUACGCCAUCUCCUCCGCCGGGGUGGUGUAUGCGCUUACUCGUGCCUGCAGCCAAGGAGAUCUCAAGAUGUGCAACUGCGAUCCGCACAAACGUGGUCGACACAAGGACGAGAGAGGAGAAUUUGACUGGGGGGGAUGUAGUGACAAUAUAAACUAUGGGAUCAGAUUUGCCAAAGCCUUCAUAGAUGCCAAAGAGAGGACUGUCCGCGAUGCACGGGCGCUCAUGAACCUGCACAACAAUCGCUGUGGCAGAACUGCAGUGAAGCGUUUCAUGAAGCUGGAGUGCAAAUGUCACGGCGUGAGCGGCUCGUGCACGCUGCGGACGUGCUGGAUGGCCAUGUCGGACUUCAGAAAGACCGGCGACUACCUGAGGAGGAAAUACAACGGGGCCAUCGAGGUGACGAUGAACCAAGACGGGACCGGCUUCACCGUGGCUAAUAAAGCCUUUCGGAAGGCCACCAAAAAUGACCUUGUCUACUUUGAAAACUCGCCCAAUUAUUGUCUGCCAGACAAAUCAACAGGUACCAUUGGCACCGCUGGGCGGGUGUGUAACAAGACAUUGCACAGCCCAGAUGCAUGUGAGGUCAUGUGUUGUGGGCGGGGCUAUGACACCACCAGAGUCCCACAAAUCACCAAGUGCGAAUGCAAAUUCAAAUGGUGCUGUGUCGUGGAGUGCAAGGACUGUAAGGAAGACGUGGAUAUACACACAUGCAAGGCCCCCAAGCGAGCUGAAUGGUUGGAGAAGACCUGAGACCACGCACCCCCCUGCCCCGCCCUCCACCAUCCUGCGAUGGACCCCACCCCUUACCCCUUUGCAGGCCAGCCUGCAGAAAAUGGCAUUGUGGCAAAAUGUGUCUAUAAAGUGCUCUGCAUCUCCGCCGUUCCCCCGUCCCCAUCUCAGUUCAUCAUUGCAUGGCUUAUGUACCUGUUUGUGUCAAAGCGGUAGACUUCAAUGCCCAACAGUAUUAAUAAAUACCCAUUAGCCUCUGUAUGUGAAUUGUUGGGAUCAGAGGAUGAACAGUGAUAAAGUGCAAACUAGAAGCUGAGAUGGAUAUGGCUCAAAGUUUCAGUCUAUUGGAAUUUCUUUCUGGUGUGUGGUUCCGGGUUUAAAAUGGGUUGCUGCUUUCAUAAUGCUUUAAGGACAUUGUUCUCACUCAACGUCAUUUACGCGCAGGUUUUCCUUUCAUGGGUUGUUUUUUUUUUUACCCAUACCCAAACUGCAAAUGUAUUUUGUUAGACUCUGUGCACUUUGACCAGUGGACAUUGAAGCUGAAGAUGUGAAAAAGAAAUCUUUGCAGAGGACCGAAGGAGAACCAGGAGAUGGCUAUUCUUUGAAUAAAUGGACAGAUGAGUCAUUGGAACGUUGAAUGCAAUACUGUAAGGGAAAAAUGAAAACUUUGUAAAAAUGACUUAUUUAAAUCUUAUUAAUUGAUGGUUCAUUUCCCAUCUUUGGAUGGGAUGCACUGCAAUGACUGACACAAAGAGAGACAUGUUACUAUGAAGACGAGAGCCUGGAUGGUCAGUCGUACAUAAGCCACAUACAGAUAUGAUACAAUCUUGCUUGUAUAACUUACUUGUAAACUAUAUUGCCUUAUUCGACUACAGCUGUUCAUAUGAAAUAUAUGGUAUGUUAGUAUGACGCUAGAAUCGUGUUCCUUUUGUCAUUUGGAGUUAAGAAAAGACAGCAGACUUAGCAGAGUACGACUAAAAGCGGGCGGAGUUGUCAGUAUACUGGAUUGACUUUAUCCAUGAUGAGGUUUGAUGAGGUUACAUAGAUACCUCUAUAUAUUGAUGAAAUGUGGUAUCCAGCAGCAGCCGAUUACAAUUACAAUACUUUCCGAGCAUACCACAGCGGGUAAGCAAACAGUUACCGGUCAUAGGCAGAGGUAGUCGUUACCAAAUAAACCUAGACCAAGUCACAAGACCAAGACCAGGUCAAGGCUUUAAUGAUCAUGUUUGUAGAAAUUGACAAAAUUGUGAGGAAAGUUAUGUGAAUAAAUAUGUCUUUUCAGGUGCUAAA